UACAUACAUGUCUCACGCUGACGUGGAAUAUAUGCGUGACGUACAUACAUAUGUUAGCAUUAUCAGCGCCUACUAUACAUACAUACAUGCUCGUGUCGAGUAAUCGUAGAGGAGGUCUGAACCCGAGAUGAUUACGAGAAACCUAUUCCGAAGCGUUCCACGCUUUCACCGCGCUCUACUACAGACAAAACAAUACAGCACCGGAUCAAGCGAACCGCAGUUCCUGGGAAUCAACACUAACUUUACAGAUAGUGUUCAGUUCGUCAAUGGAGAUAGUUAUGAACCAAUUCCGAUAUAUAGGGUUUUGGAGUUUUCGCAGAAGGCUAAAUUACCUGAAGAUAAAAAGCUAAACGACGCGUAUCUAGUGAAAAUGUAUCGCGAUAUGGUGACCUUAAGCGUCAUGGACAAGAUUAUGUACGAGUCGCAUAGGCAAGGCCGCAUCUCGUUUUACAUGACAAACACCGGCGAAGAGGCUGUACAGAUCGGCUCCGCCGCCGCUUUAACGUUGGAAGACAAGAUCUACGCGCAGUACCGCGAGGCUGGCGUGUUGCUGCACCGCGGGUAUCCAUUAGUGAAGUUCAUGAAUCAAUGUUAUGGCAACUGCGAGGAUGACGGCAAAGGAAGGCAGAUGCCGGUGCACUAUGGUUCCAAAGAGUUAAAUUUCACAACUAUAUCGUCUCCGUUAACAACUCAACUUCCGCAAGCUGUGGGAGCUGCCUACGCCUUUAAGUUGGAUAAAAAGAACGCCUGUGUGGUUUGUUACUUUGGCGAGGGUGCGGCGAGCGAGGGUGAUGCCCACGCGGCGUUCAAUUUCGCAGCCACUCUAUCGUGCCCCAUCAUUUUCAUCUGUCGAAACAACGGAUAUGCCAUCUCCACGCCAGCGAGGGAACAGUUUAAGGGGGAUGGUAUCGCGGCCAAGGGUCCGGCUUACGGAAUUAAUACGAUCCGAGUGGACGGCAACGACGUGAUCGCGAUGUACAAUGUCACAAAAAGUGCCAAGAAGUUCUGCGUAACACAACAGAAACCCGUCUUGAUAGAAGCCAUGACCUACAGACUCGGACAUCACAGCACGUCGGAUGACUCCACGGCUUAUCGAUCGAUCGACGAGAUCGCUCAAUGGAACGCCCAUCCGCCGCUUGCAAAGUUCCGUCUGUAUCUGGAGUCGCUUGGAUUAUGGUGUGAAAAGAGAGAGCAGGAAUUAAUAAAUUCCACGAAGAAAGAAAUCCUUCGCGCCAUUGAGGAUGCAGAACGAAAGUCUAAGCCACACUGGGAGAAUCUAUUUACAGAUGUCUACAAGGAAAUCCCUGAUCACAUCAGGAAGCAAAUGAGUCUAAUGGAGAAGCAUUUAGAAGAAUUCAAAGAACAUUAUCCAUUAAGCUCUUUCACGCAUACAAAGUAAGGGGGAGGAAUUUAUCUUUUGUUUAAAUGUUGUGAAUUUUUAUACUCUUUUAUUUUAAUAAUAUAAAGUCCUAAAUAAUUAACAGAACACUGUAUAAGAACACU